AGGCUCCGUACGGUUGCCGUUCUCGCGCCGCGUGAUCUUUACCCAUCGUGUGACGACGCAGGGCUUAGUUGCGUGGUGCGGGCUGGCCAGCCUGUGACGUAGAAUCAUUGAGAAGCGUUGUCCAGCUGCGACCGAGAGAUUUCCGACGAUGGUCAAACCACCGCUAUGCACGCUGUCAUCGGCCUUGCGAGCCGCAGAGUCGUUUUCGGGUUCAGCACCGCCUUUUUGCAGCGCUCAAUCCAUAUCAAUCCCACGCCAUCCAUCGAAAACUCGCUCAUCACCGCUCCUCCACACCCGCACGCUACACACCACCAUCUCUCACAAUGCCCAGUGGGCGCCGCGAAAACCCACGCCGCAUGAAAUCCUUUCCCUGCCACCGACGGCUACGAAACAACACAUCAAAUCCCAAUACUACCGCCUCAGCAUGCAGUAUCAUCCCGAUCGGGCGAUGCAGCGCGGCGAACAGGACGCCGAGGCCGCCGCCGCGUGCGCGAAACGAUAUCAGGAGGUGCAGGAAGCGUACCGGAUCCUGACGGGCAGAGACGUGAAUGCAAGUUGUGUGCACGAGGAGUCCCAGACGGCAGGGGCAUAUAGACAUCCGCACGACCCGCACGCGUCCGAAUAUGACGCCGAGUACUUCUACCAGCAUCACCAGCAUCACCCACAUUACGGAUACACGGCGUACUACGAUACGCCCCAGCACGGGUUCGGGGAGUCGCAUUGGAGCGUGUUCCUGUGCAUUGGGAUAACGGUGCUAGGGUUCUAUUUUGGGAGUAGUUAUUAUUAUGCGAGGGAGGAGAGAGAGCAGAUUGAUCGCGCGUGGGUUGCGCAUAUGCGGGCGAAGGAGAAAGAGGGACUGGCGGAGGCGUUGGGGUAUGUGAGGCCGCAGAGGAGGAGGAAAGUUGUCGAGAAGGCGCCGGAGGAAGCCUGACUUAUGCGGGGAUGGUUGGACGUCUGGGGUUCGGGUGUCUAUCUUCUGCCCAUUUUUGGAAGUCGUCUCUGCGACACUGUGUGUGAAGGUUGCCUACGUCUAUCACUGUACAUAGUUCAUGACCCUCCGUUGUUUGGAGUCAUUAUCGCUCGCUGGAAGGGCUUUCUUAUCAUCUUGGCGCGUCUUCCCAUACUUCUGUUCUAUUACCGAUCCUCCACGCCGGGUGCGGA